CCCACUCGGUCAUGUGACUCGGUCAAGAUGGCGACGGGGCAACAGUGGGUGUUGGUGGAGAUGGUGCAGGCUUUUUAUGAGGCACCAGCAUAUCAUUUGAUUUUAGAAGGUAUUCUUAUAUUAUGGAUUAUCAGACUUCUCUUCUCAAAAACAUACAAACUACAGGACAGAUCAGACCUCACAGAGAAGGAGAAAGAGGAGUUGAUUGAGGAGUGGCAACCUGAGCCACUGGUUCCCCCCGUAUCUAAAGACCACCCUUCACUUAAUUAUGAUGUGGUUACAGGCCCUCCAAGCCACAAAAUCACUGUAAAUGGGAAGGAGUGCAUUAACUUUGCUUCAUUUAAUUUCUUGGGUCUGCUCGACAAUGAACGUGUAAAGCUGAAGGCUUUGACCUCACUGAAAAAAUAUGGUGUGGGAACUUGUGGACCAAGGGGAUUCUAUGGGACCUUCGAUGUUCAUCUGGAAUUAGAGGAAAGAUUGGCAAAGUUUAUGAGAACAGAGGAGGCCAUUCUCUACUCGUAUGGCUUUGCCACCAUUGCCAGUGCCAUUCCAGCAUACUCCAAGAGAGGAGACAUCAUCUUUGUAGAUGAGGCUGCAUGUUUCUCCAUUCAGAAAGGCCUGCAGGCUUCACGCAGCUUUAUCAAGUACUUUAAACACAAUGAUAUGGAGGAUCUAGAACGGCUUCUGAAGGAGCAGGAGAUCGAAGAUCAGAAAAAUCCACGCAAGGCCAGAGUAAUAAGACGCUUUAUUGUCGUUGAAGGACUUUACAUCAACACAGCAGAUAUCUGUCCACUUCCUGAACUGGUGAAGUUGAAAUAUAAAUAUAAGGUUCGGAUAUUUCUGGAGGAGAGCAUGUCUUUUGGAGUGCUUGGAGAACACGGACGAGGAGUCACUGAACAUUUUGGUGUCAAUAUUGAUGAUAUUGACCUGAUAAGUUCUAACAUGGAGAAUGCAUUGGCAUCAAUUGGAGGUUUCUGCUGUGGGCGGUCUUUUGUUAUUGAUCAUCAGCGUCUAUCAGGACAAGGCUAUUGUUUCUCAGCAUCUCUCCCACCCAUGUUGGCAUCUGCUGCUAUUGAAGCUCUUAACAUCAUGGAGGAAGAUCCAGGCAUUUUCAACAUUCUGAGGAAUAAGUGCAAACAAGUCCACAAAGCACUACAAGGGAUUAUGGGGCUGAAGAUAGCAGGUGAGUCUUUCGCUCCAGCUCUCCAUCUACAGCUGGAGAACAGCACUGGAUCUAGAGAAAAUGACCUGAAGCUACUUCGGAUGAUUGUCGAUUAUUGUAUGGACAGACAGAUCGCUCUUACUUUAGCGCGAUACCUGGACAAAGAAGAACGUUUUCUACCACCACCAAGCAUUAGAGUUGUGGUAACUGUUGAGCAGACGGAGGAGGAAAUUGAGAAUGCUGCACGUUGCAUUCGAGAAGCAGCCCUUAAAUUCAUAAAAUAAUGACCAGUCACCUUUAACAUGAAGAAACAGUCACUAACACAAACAUUUUUGUCAUACACCACAAAGCUUUAAAUGUGUACAUGAGAUUACCAUAUAUUUGAAAGUAGUGCGAGAGCUAUUCUUCCUAAUGGCUCUAUUAUCUUUAAGCCUAAGGACCUGAGCUGUGGAGUACUCUGUAUGUCUUGGAUUGGCAUAAGUUUUAUAUAAUGAUUGAACCUUUUUGUAUUAUACUUGUGUUCUUUCAAUCUGUGUACAGGUAAUGAUUGUUGCAGUGUACAGUUGAUUAUUUUAGUCUUUAUUUCACAUUUAAAUAAAUGCAGAGCUUAUUCUUUAAAUAGUUUGCUGCUGAAUUGUUUGCAGCUGGUGUGCACCACCAAAUCUAUUUAUAUUUUGUUUAAUGAUACUCGAGGGGACUAAUGAUGGGAUUAUCUACAGAAAAUAUUAUUAAAGACAAGAACAAUAACUACUUUAUGCAUAAUGUAACUUUAUACAGUUUUUCUCUUUAUUUACAUAUCUCCUUUUGUUACUUUUGACCAAAAAGUUUUCUCUGUCUCUUACUGUGAGCAGUGAAGGACCAAUCCUUUUUAAUCAUGCACUGAAUUUCUAAUCAGUUUCUUUGUUUCUAACUUGCAAUGCAAGUCUACUUGUUUAAUACCAUAAACAUCCACUCAAAAUAUUAAAUAUGGCAAUGUAUUAAUGCAGGUUUUUGAUUCUGUUGUGUGUCAUUUUGACAGUUUAACAUGGGUUUUAAAACGGAUUUCAAGAAUAAACAUUUCCCCCAUGAUGAAAAA